AUGAGAGAGUCUCUGUGCGUGUGUGUGGGGAAACCCACGGAGAUCCGUUUGUUUGUUCCAGUGGACGUAAAAACACAUAGCGAGGAAGCUGGAGUUCUAGGUGAAGCAGAGGCUGACCAUGUGGAACCGGCACUCGCCGACGAGGAUGAGAGCCUGGCAAUAGCAGAGCCGGGUGGCAUCAGCAUCGCCGCAGGCGGGACAGACCCCGACUUGUUAACCUGUGGACAGUGUCAGAUGAACUUCCCGCUGGGAGACAUCUUGGUUUUUAUAGAGCACAAGAGAAAACAGUGCAAUGGCACUGGUGGUGCCUGCUAUGAAAAGAGCAUGGAUAAGAGCAGCCCUCCCCCCUCCUCACGCGCCGAGCUCAGGAAAGUGUCAGAGCCAGUGGAAAUCGGGAUCCAAGUCACACCCGAUGAAGAAGACCGUCUUCUCACGCCUACAAAAGGAAUUUGCCCCAAGCAGGAGAACAUUGCAGGGCCGUCCAGGCCUGCAAACCUGCCGGGGGCUCCCAUAGCUGCCUCCUCCCACCCUCACACAUCCGUGAUCACGUCACCUCUCCGCGCACUGGCCUCCCUCCCGCCCUGCCUUAGCCUGCCCUGCUGUGGUGCACGUGCAGUCUCAGUUGGCGGGACUCAGACUGAGAUUCAGACUGAGACGUCAGGCACAUUUGGAUGUCAUUGUCAGUUGUCAGGUAAAGAUGAGCGAAUGCUCUUUCUCACUUUCUCCUCACUCUUCUUUGCAGGUGUCUUUGCUCUCUGGGGCUGGGUGGGACUGCUGGGGAGGUAUUACCCAGAGGAUUUCAUUGCCCCAGGGUUAGAUUUGCCCCUCUGCAUGGCAGCACGGGGCUGUAUGGCAUAUAGCCCCUUCCCAGCAAGUCCCACUCAAGCAACAGACUUUUGUGAACUGCAGUCCCCCGAUCUAGAAGGGGGUUAUGUCAUUCAGCUUCAGAUCGGAGGUCUUGUGGAGGGGCUGGGACUGGGCUUCGUUCAGGUACGGGUCAGGCAGGAAGCUUGGUUCAGGCUUUGA